AUGUCUCAAGGCAGUAGGCUGGAAAACUUAUAUCCAGUAUCGUCUUCCAGAUCUGAUUUCGUCCAUUACACAGAAAGCUCUCAAACCUUUUCCAUUCCAGACUUCAGCCACAGCACCAUUGAUGGAGACCAUCAUUCCACAUCCAUGGUACAACUUCUAGAGUGGACCACUCGCAUGUCACUACAACGGACUGUAGCCCCAUUAUACCUUUUCAGGCCCACCGACUCCAGAUCAUCCAAGAUCAAAACCCAACCAGCCGAACACACAUUUGUCCAAAUUACCUUUGAUGCAACCUCUGGCAAGCUGCCAACCUCGGGAUCGAACAGGAGACGGAAAACUAAACUUGAGAAGCAGGAAGCCGCUCGAAUCCGACAGAGGGGUAGUGCCUGGGCAAGAUGA